CUGGUUAGUCUCGCUCCGGGUUCCGGCUGCGUUGGGCGUGCGUGCAGCUCGCUGAGACUAUGGCGUCCGGGCCUCACCCGACCGCGACCGCUGCCGCCGCCGCCUCGUCCGCCGCCCCGAGCGCGGGCGGCUCCAGCUCCGGGACGACAACCACGACGACGACCACGACAGGAGGGAUCCUAAUCGGCGACCGCCUCUACUCGGAAGUUUCGCUCACCAUCGACCACUCGCUGAUUCCGGAGGAGCGGCUUUCCCCUACCCCGUCCAUGCAGGACGGGCUCGACCUGCCCAGCGAGACCGAUUUGCGCAUCUUGGGCUGCGAGCUCAUCCAGGCCGCCGGCAUUCUCCUCCGGUUGCCGCAGGUGGCGAUGGCAACGGGGCAGGUGUUGUUUCAUCGUUUUUUCUACUCCAAGUCUUUCGUCAAACAUAGUUUCGAGAUUGUUGCCAUGGCUUGUAUUAAUCUUGCAUCCAAAAUUGAAGAAGCACCUAGAAGAAUAAGAGAUGUGAUUAAUGUAUUUCACCAUCUACGCCAGUUAAGAGGAAAAAGGACUCCAAGCCCCCUGAUCCUUGAUCAGAACUACAUUAACACCAAAAAUCAAGUUAUCAAGGCAGAGAGGAGGGUGCUAAAGGAGUUGGGAUUUUGUGUUCAUGUCAAGCAUCCCCAUAAGAUCAUUGUUAUGUAUUUACAAGUCUUAGAAUGUGAACGUAAUCAAACCCUGGUUCAGACUGCCUGGAAUUAUAUGAAUGACAGUCUUCGAACGAAUGUAUUUGUUCGAUUUCAACCAGAGACAAUAGCAUGUGCUUGUAUCUACCUUGCGGCUAGAGCCCUUCAGAUUCCAUUACCAACUCGUCCCCAUUGGUUUCUUCUUUUUGGUACUACGGAAGAAGAGAUCCAAGAAAUCUGCAUAGAAACACUUAGGCUUUAUACCAGAAAAAAGCCAAACUAUGAAUUGCUAGAAAAGGAAGUAGAGAAAAGAAAAGUAGCCUUACAGGAAGCCAAAUUAAAAGCAAAGGGAUUGAAUCCCGAUGGAACUCCAGCCCUUUCAACCCUUGGUGGAUUUUCUCCAGCCUCCAAACCAUCAUCACCAAGAGAAGUGAAGGCUGAAGAGAAGUCACCAAUAUCCGUUAAUGUGAAGACUGUCAAGAAAGAACCUGAGGACAGACAACAGGCUUCCAAAAGCCCUUACAAUGGUGUAAGAAAAGACAGCAAGAGAAGUAGAAAUAGCAGGAGUGCUAGUCGAUCAAGGUCAAGAACACGAUCACGUUCUAGAUCACAUACUCCAAGAAGACAUUAUAAUAAUAGGCGGAGCCGAUCUGGAACAUACAGCUCAAGAUCAAGAAGCAGGUCCCGCAGUCACAGUGAAAGCCCAAGAAGACAUCAUAAUCAUGGUUCUCCUCACCUUAAGGCCAAGCAUACCAGAGAUGAUUUAAAAAGUUCAAAUAGACAUGGUCAUAAAAGGAAAAAAUCUCGUUCUCGAUCUCAGAGCAAGUCUCGGGAUCACUCAGAUGCUGCCAAGAAACACAGGCAUGAAAGGGGACAUCAUAGGGACAGGCGUGAAAGGUCUCGCUCUUUUGAGAGGUCCCAUAAAGGCAAGCACCAUGGUGGCAGUCGCUCAGGACAUGGCAGGCACAGGCGCUGACUUUCUUCCUUUGAGCCUGCAUCAAUUCCUGGUUUUGCCUAUCUACAGUGUGAUGUAUGGACUCAUAAUCAAAAAUACUAAAAGUGAACUGAUUAGGAUUUGAUUUUGUAAAACCCUCUAGGUUUCUAGAAACACUGAGGACAUUUCUUUUGGAAAGAACUAUGUUUUUUUCUGUUCUUAUUUUCUUUUAUUUUCCUUUUGGUUUUUGUUUUUGGGGGUUUUUUUGUUUUGUUUUUCUUUCUCUUUUUCUUUCUUUCUUUUUCUUUUUUUUUUUGCACAUUAAAAUGCCCUAGCAGUAUCUAAUUAAAAACCAUGGUCAGGUUCAAAUGUACUUAUUAUAGUUGUGAAUUGUUUAUUGCUAUAAGAACUGGAGCGUGAAUUCUGUAAAAAUGUAUCUUAUUUUUAUACAGAUAAAAUUGCAGACACUGUUCUAUUUAAGUGGUUAUUUGUUUAAAUGAUGGUGAAUACUUUCUUAACACUGGUUUGUCUGCAUGUGUAAAGAUUUUUACAAGGAAAUAAAAUGCAAAUCUUGUUUUUCUAAA